ACUGAAGAGGUUUCAUUCCGAUUUGAUUUGGUCAACAAUGAGUUGUGAAGAUUUAUUUGGACUAGACAAAACAUCCAACAACAAUCUUCAGUAGUUUUAUUUCAGUUUGAAACUUUGACGUAGUCUAAAAUACAUUUAAAGUUAUCUAAAUCUUUUUUAAAUAAGCCAUAUUUGAACCGGAGUCAAAAUUUGAACUUUCAUUUUUGUAAGCAGAUUUAUUUUUUGGUGCGGUGAAAUCAAAGGGAGCUUACUAUAAUUUUUAUCACUAUCGUUUGGUCAAAAAGAAAAGGGGAAAAAGGCACGUGCAUCGUCUGCUGGAUUCUACACACGUGUUUUGUUGUGAUGUGCGUGUGUGUGUGGUGAUUUAGUUCGGACGUUUGGGCGGAAACCCAGGAAGUGAAAGAAGUUCCUCCGACGUUUUUUUUAUCUUCCGGAUCACGACAGGGAACAUUGCUGCCGGAUGUCGCUGUGACCUGUCAACAGUAACAUCGUCUCCCUCGCAGGUAUGCUUCUGAUGUGAGACGAUGACGUCACGUCCCCUUGUACUGUCAGAACUUUAUGAACUUGUCGUUUGCCUCAUGGUCUGUGUUUUGUUGAACUUAAAUCAGGGUGCUUUCUUAUUCAGUGAUUCACUCUGAACUUGUCCCCCUUGUUCGGCUUCUUGAAUCCAAAGUCCCAAAACUCUCUCGUCUCGCUUACAAAAAAAAAACUAGGCUUGGCAAAUAUUUCUAGUUCAAUGCACACCGCUAACAAGUUGGAGUCACCACGCGAACAUUGUCACCCUCAGCGGCACGUCCAGUCGUACAGAAUGAAGAUGGAAUACAUUGUUCUGGUUGGUGUGAUCCUCACCGAGUCUGCUACGCUGACCUAAAUUGAAACGGAAGUAAAGGAUCGUGUUGGAAUUUCUGAAUCUUUUCUCGUUCAAUUCUAAGCCCCGUGCAGCCCACUUUUAAUCAUGAGGUGUCCCGAAUCAUGCAGCUCUCUUCCAUCUGUUACCCUGGCGACGCUCCUGCUCACGCUAGCCCUGUCGCGAGCCUCGCCAGAAAGACAGAAAAUCGGGAGUCAUGAAGUGGACAAUUUGAACAAGACGCUGAUCGCCAAGGUCAACACUGAAAAGUUUCUGGAGAAAAUUUUAAGUACUCUGAAGAAGAGUAACGGUUCUCAGCCUGCCUUCAACCACACCUUCAGCCCGCCCACCACGAGAGAGAACUCACCUGGGCAUAGUAUCUUGAACAAAUCAACAGCUAUCAUCAGAGAACAGAAAGUGCCGGUACCGGUCUUCACUCCAGGAGAACUCAUCAUUAGAGAACAGAAGGUCCCUGCCUUCAAUCCAGAACUCAUCUACUCUGAGACUACCGGUAAUUUUUCAGGUAAAAAUGUGCUGACUUUUCGAUUUCGGCCAGAAAUUAUCAAAGGCGGUAAACCUGUCUUGAGGAUCAACUUAUUUCUCUAUGUUUCCAAAAAAGACAAUAAAGAAAGCGGCACCGAGUCAUUCCCUUCAACGUUUCCCACGUCACGUAACCUUGGCAACGUCAAGACCAACAGCAGAGAGAAAGGGAAGAAAAUUAAAAUUCUAAUCUUUCUGGUCACUGCCAGUGGCAACCGCAUUCAAAAGUUGGCAGAGCUGAAAAAAUCUAUCAACAGGAGUCAGUGGGAGAAACUAGGUCUUCCCGUGUCUCUGAUCAGCAAAGUGGCGGAAGCAAACAGCAACAAUACACUGUACCUGAGGGUAGAAUGUAAAAAGUGCAACAAGAAGACCCAGCUCAGUAUCCCCACCAAGUGCAUCAGGCGGCACAGGCUCCGAAAGAAUAAAAAAGACAAGAGAGAGCCUCGGUCGAAUAAAAACUGCAGCCACAGCUCAGCUGCGACAGCGGACGUACACAAGCCCUUCAUCGUGGUAGAGAGUAGCGAUGCUAUCAGCAGGAACAAGAGAAACGCUAAACCAGAACCUGCCUGUGAAGACGUUGGCGUCAACAAGACAGGCAUUACAACCCCCGGUUGCUGCAAACAAAUCAAAACGUUUGUUCAAUUCGCUGAUUUGAAUUUAAGUAACGCUAUAGUCUCUCCUACUGGGUUUUAUCUUGUCACCUGUACGGGAGAGUGCACAACAGCCUCUCCAGUCAAAACUCGAUCACAGUACAGACGCUCAGAAGAUAUCAACCUAAACGUUAGGAGCUCAUUGGCAAAAGGGUACCAUCGCAUUUUGCGCCAUCUCUACCAUCGUCAUCGCUAUUCUCCGGGCCAUCCACUGCCAAGACAUCCUCACCAUCAAAGUCGAAGUUGGUACAAUGAGAAAUGGACUAGAUCUUUAUCUCCAUCCGCGAACACGUGUGAGCCGGUACAAACUGAAGAGUUGAUUCUGUUACAUUUCACACAAGACCAAACUUUAGUUCGGUCACACAUACCCAACUUUUUAGUCACAAAGUGCGGCUGUAAGGGGGAUCGUUCAACUAAUUCCAAAUAGGCACAUCAAUCUUUCAUAUUGCCAGGAACAUUUUUUGUUUCUCCACUAAUUUAUUUCCGUUUGUUAUUUUAUUGGACAAAAACAAAAUGGGCCCCCGUGUUUUGUUGCUGCAACAAAGUCUCAAAUGACAGCGUGUGGCAGGUUCCACACUUCAAUGGCAUAAUGUUUGGUAGUUCAGUAUUUGUGUACGGUAGUAACUAGCCAUUGCCAGACUAUAACUAGCCUAGCUAGACUAUCUGACACUGGGUCUUGAUGCGGGGUGUAAUAACCAGGAAAUAGUGUUGCAAUAGUACAUGUACAAUUUGACUAAAUUACUGCACAACUGAAGUUCAAAGUAGGUCACUAGAAAGGUCGUAGUUUGAGCUUUUGUAAACUACAAUUGUCUAAUUCUCAUUCAGUGUUAUCUAAAUAUACAUGACAUUAUGUUUACACUUUUUUAUUUCUUCUGUCAUGGUUUGUUUUUAGUCGCAUUGACAUCAAGUUUGAUAAGUUCAAUGCUCUAGACAUCAGUGGUUACAAGAAAAUUAGACAAAAAAUAUCACAUUUAGUUCAUUUGUAACAGUUUGAUGAAAUAUUAACCUCAGUAUUGAAUGGAGUAGCCAUCCUUCCAUAACAAUGAAACAUUUUUUGGUGUUUGUGUGACAUAAUUUUAGAAAGUACGAUUAAAAGGAAGAAAUUUAAGCGACGACAUCUAGAUUUAAGCUUUUCUUUGCAUAUAUCUCAUCCAGGCUCUGUGCUAACUGGCAACUGCAACUUUGAAAACAAUGGAUUGUUCCCAAAGAAAACAUCGUGGAAAACAAAAGGAUCCAUUUUUAAAAGUUUCUUUAAAAAAUGCAAGGACAAUUUGGCAUUUCCACAUUUGGCCACAUCACAAAGUUAUAUAUGUUUAUAGAUCAAUAUUUUAUUUAUCUACAUGCCACACUCAUUAAGUAACUCUCUUUAAUAUGGAAAGAGGGAAAGGGUGGGGUUAGUUUCAAAACUGUACAUGUUUGCAAACAAACCUGGGCUGUAUUAGCAGUAGCCUAUUAAGAUUCUUAAGUAUAUAAAACAAAUGAUAAGUUGAUUUGAUUGAACUAUUGUACAUGUAUUUAAGAUUAAAUCUGAAUGUAAGAGAAAUUAGCUUGUUAAUAAUAUGAAUCUGUUAGCGAUACCAGCAAUCUGUGCAAUAUAAUAUAUUGUGUAACUAAUGUAUACAAAUAUUUAUACUUGAUACAACAUGUGUAUUUACUAGAUGGAUGUAAUUAAGCUUAUAGUUUUUGUGUCCAGUCCUUUAAAAAAAAUCAAGUCCAUAUACUGAAGCUUCUCCUUCGCAGGCAAAGAUAAACGCAAUCUCAUUCUCUAGUUCUCUAAACAUGAGCAUAAUCUCAUUUUUCUAAUUCCGAGUUCCUCAAAUAGGAGCCCAAUCACAUUAACAUAAUCUCAUUUUCUAAUUUCAGAAGAUGAGCACAAUCUCAUUUUCUACUUUCAGAAGAUGAACACAUUCUCAUUUUCCAAAUCUUUGAAGAGGAGCACUAUCGCAAAUUUUACAUCUCCUAAAUGGCUGUCGAAUUCAAUCUUUGCUUUGAGAUGACACUUACAGUUGGCUAUUGGUAUUCCUUAAUUUGGAUCAAAGUAAACUUGAUUAGCCACUGCUUUCUUUUGCCAUAUGGCUAUUUCCUUUGAUUCAAAUCAAAAAAUUACAACCUUCAUUAACUCACGCCAUGGGGAUUGAUCCUGAGAGCUGAUUUUUGAGAUGUAGAAAUGUUGAUGCCUUCCCCAUGUGAACAGCUUUUCGUUACAUAAUGUAGCCUAAAUUUUUAAGCGGGGGGGGUAGGGGGUGACUAUAUCCUUGUUCAUCCUACUUCCACAAAUAUUUGUUAAAGAAAUUUAAUUUUUAAAUUGUUAGAUUAAUAGUUUAGCAAUGAAGAAAUUUUCCUAUUGGCAAAAGCUGGAAGAAACAAGAGUUAAGACCAUAGCCUCUGUGCUGUUGUUUAGAGCAACGUGGUAAUAGUGAUCAAUGAUUUAGUAGCAUAAUCGCUAGAUUGAUCAUUCAAAAUCAGACAGUGAAGGAUAUAGGUCUAUAGACAGGCGGAAUCAUAAAGUUAACUACAUUGUAUUAAAAAAAUUUAGUGAAAAGUUUGGAUCACAAAUAAAAUAUGCAUGAGUAGAAAUACUUAACAAUUAAACCAUUCGUGUAAUUGUUAUUACUUGGAUGUUUGUGCAAACCUUGAAAUAAAAUUGAUCUCAAUAAGUUUGCUGGAACCAGCAGUGUUCAAUGGCUUAUUGAGCUUGUAUCAUAGUUGACAUUCAAACUUUCUUUUUCAAUUUGUUCACUUUGUUUCUUGUUUUUAUUGUUGUAUUACUUGUUAACUUAUUUUAAAUUGGGAUUUUUCUAUUUCUUACAUAAACCAUAGAAAUAAAACACACACAAUAACAACCGGCAAACAAAAAAGGUCUUAGUGCUAUUAGAGGAACUCCCUGACAAACAGGUUUUUUUUACCAUGUCAUAACCUAUAUCUAACAAAGUGGAACAUGGACAAUUUUUUGGGCCUUAGCAUGCUGAGAACACAUUUUGCACCUAGCUGUAACUUAUUGGCACUAAAUCCUGGUGAAAUGGAGGCUAGCAUUACUUCACACUUAUGUAGCUCAAAUUCCCUGAUGCUUCUUAUAGUGUAUUGAUUGGGUAUCUAACGAUUAGUAAGCAACUUCUAAGGAGAAAAAGCAUAUACAUUUCACUUUUAGAGUUGCAAGGCAUUAUAUGGCAACAUACAACUUUUACUCAAAUAUUUCUUUAUUGCAGUUCUUAAAUUAUAAUACAAACCAACAUUCUGAGUUUAGCUUAGAUUAGGCAAUUAGUUUGAUAAUCCUAUGUUUGUCUGUAAUCAUGACUAAGUUAUUACAGUUGUUGUUUUUUUUUAUAACUACAUCAUUGUUGUGUAGUUUCUUGAUGCUGGGACAGUGACUCAGUCCAUGGUAAGCAUCAACAAUUGUUUGCAAUGCUUUGAUGUAUUAUUUCCAUAAAACCAUAUUGUAAUAUUGCAUUAACUAUGUAUUUUGUAAAUACAUUUUUUUCAAACAGCGUCCAAUACAGUUGUGUUUGAUAGACAAGCAAGAUUCUUUUAAAACUCUUUGUCAGUGUUGUAACUACCUAAUUGGACCCUUCCAAAGUCGGAUUUCAAAGACAUAAACCGUUUGGUAACCAAACGAGAUGAAUUAUAAUAUUUACCACAUAUGUAAAGGUAUCCUUGACUUAUGGAUGGCUGCCUGGCUAUGUGGUAUGUGCCUAGACUGUUGUCUCAAUGGUCCCAGAUUCAAACCCUGCUCACCAUUAUCCCCUGCCGUGCUGUGGGAGGUUAGGGUUAAGAUGUAGUAAUUUUCAAUUCUGAAGGAACAUUUAAAACAUGUGAAAGAAAAAAUCCUGUAAGCUUUCAAUAAACCAUUUAUAUUUAUGUACUAAUUUAUCUUAUAAAACAAUAAUGCAUCCAACAAAUUAGGGCUACUCUUAACACAUAAAAUCAAUUCUUGUCUAAUGUGUUUCUUCUGAUGUUGGGAUUAGUCACCCAUCGCUGCUGAAAGUCAUGUGUCAGUUGUAUGAUAUAUCCUGUAGUAUAAAGCUACUCAAUCAUAUUACCUUACUACUUGUCCAAUGAAGAGGGAAUUGCUCUUACCAGAUUAAAUGUUCUUUUUAAAUGGGACAGAGCUCUUUCAUAAUUAUUAUAAGAAAUGUUACUACUUUUACUUAAAGAUUUCUCUUAAUGCAAACUUUAACAUUUUUUAAAUUUUCUCCUUAAAUAUACAAUCUUUGUUAAAUAAUAAUUUUUUUUUUAUUUGGAAUUGGAGGGGUCCAUUUUAUGGUUCUUGUUUAAACAGAUUAGUUUUAUUGUGAUAUCUAUACAUUUGUUAAAGAAACAUCUUUUUGACAUAUUUUUCUAUUAAAACAUAUUGCUUUGAUUGUUGUUGCAUUGAAGAGAUAACAUUUUUAAUUUCAAAUGCCACAUUUUGUUACUUUGUACAUAGUUUUAUUUAAGGUCAGUUGGAUAGCCUCUAGUUUGUUCAAAUGUUGUUUAGUAGCUAUCAUCCAACCAUUACAUUGUUUAGCCCAUGUAGUUUCUCGUUGACCGUCUGCUCAAUGACGUACUCGUGUAUCAUUCAAAGUCUAUUUUAUGUCUUCUGGAAGUUAAUUUCUGAUUUGUACUUGUGUGUUUCUUGUCAGCUGUUGGUUGUCACAUAGAGAUGCUUUGAUAAUAUAAUAUUAACUCAUGGUCUACCUCAAUGGAAAUACUAAUAAACUUUGUACAAACUAUAUUCGUACUGGCAUAUCAUUCCCCAUUUCUUGCAUAUUGUACACAAUUUGACAUCAUUAUUUAUAUUUAACAGUGCAUUCACAUUUUAGGGCCCAACUCAGAGAGUGUAUGGUUUCUUGUCAACAUUUCCUGUUAAAAUUUUAUAAUAUUUCAAACAAUGUAGAUCUUAUAUUUUCCAGCCAAGUUAUUUCCAGCAUCAUUUAAAAACAAUGAAUCUAUCCCUGUGUAAAUAUUUUUACUUAGAUUAUUGGUUAAAAUAGUCUAGUAAAUACUAACACUUGGUACUUAUUUAAAUGAUAUAAAAUGAACUUUUUUUUAAGUUAUGUAAGUAAUAUUAAAUUAAUUUUUUUUUUUAAAUCAAUUCUUAAAAUGUUCAAAAGUUUUUUUUAAAAAGUUAAAAUCUAUGUUUCUUUUUUGCUAAUAAUUUUAAAAUUAUAUGAAUAAACAAUUCUUUAUUUCUAACAAUAGUUUAAUUUGUAGAAAGUUAUUUGUAGUCUUAUUCAUAAUUAGAACAUGAAGCUACAAUUACUUUGUACACAAGGACCAAUGGCUGUACAUACGAUAUGGACCAAACUGUUUUACAGUUGGCAACAAUGCCUUUGAUUAGGUUUUCUUAUUUAUUCUGCAUCUAUUGAUAUCAGUCAUGUGACUGACCAUUUUAUAAAUACAAAUAGUUCUGUUAAGUAGUCAACUAUAAGCAAUUAUUACUAUUAUUAGGACUACUACACACACCAGUUAUUAAUGGUCAUGCAGAAAAUGACAUUGAUGACAACGGUAUUGACAUGCCAUUUUGUUUUUCUACCUCUUGUCAUUUAAACUUUUUUUUUAUUUACAUGUUCAGUAGAAUAUUGAAGCAUAUUAUUUUCUACUGUAUCUGCAAGCAUUUACAUGUGUUUAUUUAAUGUGGUAAGACUUUGUUCAUUUGUGCUUUGUUAUGCUUUUAAAAUGGCUCUUGUUUGGGGUAAUAUGGCAUUUGUUAUAUUUUGGCAGAAAAUCCUAAAUGUGAUCUUUGGCAAAUUUAAAUCAAAGACUAUUUCUCUGUUCAUUUCAAACAAAAGCUUUUGCCAUGAUAAAGUAUUAUAAAAUGAAAACAAAAUGUUUUUGCCAAAUUUUAAAAGUAUUUCAAAAUGUGAUAUCCAAUAAAUUAUAAAUUAGUGUUUAUAAUUGUAUACAUUUUUAAAUAAAGAAAAAAAAUAAGAAAAAAAACAUC